AUGUUUACGGGAUCGGUGCUCCAGUCGACACCGAUUGCACGAGAAUGGGAGAUUCUCGAGAAUCACCGAGAGGAUUACAUGAAAUUGGGGGAACUGGUCGACGAAUUAUCCUACGUCUUCAGUCCGACACUUUUGCUGAGUUUCAUGAACAGCGUUUUGAGGACGACGGUGACGGUGUACACGGCGUCAGUGAACUUCUCGUAUGGCUCUCAGCAGUGGUUGAACAUCAUGAUGGCGGCUGGGGAUGUUACCGGAAGCCUUAUUCGACUUCUCCUCAUCGCCAUUGCCGCUUCGUAUCUAUCUGACAAGGAAGGCGAGUUCGUAAAAAAUUUGAACGAAGUGACGGGGUUCACCUCCUCUUCUCAAGUCGCACAGAAGGUGAUGGGUACGAUCGUGACUUACUUGGUGGUGCUGCUGCAGUUUCGCUUGGAUAGUCUAGGCUCAGGCAACGAAAAUAAGGCACCGGGAUGA